AUGAUGAGCAGAAGACAACGCGUUCAAUGAGGUGGCGAGGGGAUGCAGUGGUGCUGGACUUUGUGCGGGCCAUGUCAUGCUGGUUUGAAGAUAAAUUUAAGCUCAAGGUUAGCUAAAGUAUGAUCAGUAACCCACUAACCUUGAGCUCCCAUCAUUGAGACUAUGAGGCAAGCAGUAACUGCCACUCUGUCUGUUUGGGGUGAGCGCCAUUUUGGGUACUCCACCCUCAAGGACUCUAGUGAGUCUCUCUUGGACGAGCAUAUACUGAGGCCUGGUCUGAAAGAGGACUCUGUCAUUGAGGAGAAAGAAUGGGCAGAGAAUGAGCAGGAACCACUAGAGGCUGUGUUGGGACUUUCUCCGCCCCCUGUGGAUGACACACACACUGCAGGAGACCACCAAACAGGGAGCCCGGUGCACCCGGACCCCACACUAGAGUCAUUUCCCGAGCGUAAGAGCAGAGGAAUGGAAGGACCACUAGUAUCUGGCCCUAAGAACAUUGACUCUGCCGGAAGGAAGGUUUCUCUCGGGGCAUUGCCCAUGCAGCGUUGCAGUUCUCUGGGUACCACUGCCCCUCAAUGGGUCCCGGAUUCUCAGGCACCAGCAUGCAUGAAAUGUGGGUCUAAAUUCUCCUUCACCAAAAGACGUCAUCACUGUAGAGCCUGUGGGAAGGUUUUUUGUGUGGUGUGUUGUGAUCUAAGGUUCAGAUUGACUCAUCUUGGUGGGAAAGAGGGACGUGUAUGUGUUACCUGUCAUUCAACUUUGAUUAACCGUACGCUGCGUAAGGACCAGAAAAAAGUUUGGUUUGCCGAUAAUUUCCUUCCUCAGUCUGAAAUUAGAAGUGCCAACAGCACUCCCACUCACAGGAGUGUGUCCCACACACAGAGGGCUGAGCUCGCUCAGGCGGAAGUGUCUGACUUCAGAGCAGGAGAUGAAGUCAGUGGUCUUAAUGGAAAUUCCACAAAACCAACUCCACCAAAGGACCUUCCCCCUAUUCUUACAUCAACAGGGGUCAAAGGAGACUACACUUUGGAGGAGAAGAGAACGGAGUCAUCACUCUUAGAAGAGCUGGAGAGAGGUCUUGCAGAGCCUUUGGUGUUUGUGCUCAACGCAAACCUCCUGGCUGUGGUGAAGAUUGUCAGCUAUGUGAACCGCCGAUGCUGGUGUGUUAUGUCGAAGGGAAUGCACGCCGUUGGGCAGCCAGAGGUGGUAAUUUUGCUGCAAUGUUUGCCCGAGGAGAAGCGAUUCCCGACAGAUAUUUUCAACCAUUUCAUACAGAUUUACUGGGACGCCCAGACAGCAGGAAAGCUUCUGAAUCACCUAAGUCACUCUUUGGUAUCCCGCGGUUUUCUGGGUAAUAAUGAGCAUGCUGGCUUUCUGUACGUGCAUCCCACAUUCCAGUCCCUGGAGGGCUUGCCUUUACCUGCACCACCAUUCCUGUUUGGACUCCUCUUGCUACGUGCUGAGACACCCUGGGCCAAAGCCUUUCCUUUGAGACUCAUGCUACGUUUAGGAGCGGAGUACAGAUUUUAUCCCUGUCCCUUGUUCAGUGUGCGCUUCAGAGAGCCUCUUUUUGGACCUGUCAACAACAGCAUCAUGAGGCUUUUAGUGGAUUUCCGUUUUUACCGUUACACACUCCCGUCAGUGCCAGGGCUUGUGGUCGAUCUUGAGGCUAGAAGCACCUGUAUAAGGAUCCCUAAAACACGUCACCCUGAGCUGCUAAAGGCUCUGAAUAAGUCUAACGAGAGGGUGCUUGCUCUGGGUGCCUGCUUUAAUGAGCUGGCCGACUCUCAUCUAAUCUGCGUACAGACAGCAGAUGGACAAUACCAGACGCAGGCCAUCAGCAUCCAUAGCCAGCCACGCAGGGUCACUGGCUCGUGCUUUUUUGUGUUCAGUGGAGCACUGAAACCUUCGUCAGGAUACUUGGCCAAGUCAAGCAUUGUGGAAGAUGGUUUGAUGGUGCAGGUAACCAUGGAGAUCAUGGCUGAGUUAAGAAGAUCCCUGAUGGACAUGAAAGACUUCACAGUCACCUGUGGAAAACUCCACCCAGCAGAGAGGCAGGAAUACGUGCACAUUGUGUGGCAAGAUGAAGAGCCACGCUUUAAUAAAGGCAUUAUCAGCCCCAUUGAUAGCAAAUCUAUGGAGUCUCUCACAAACAUCAAGAACCAACAGCGAUUAGAAUACAGAGCCAAUGGGAAGGUCAUACGCUGGACGGAGGUAUUUUACCUGCUGAAAAAACAGCAUCCAAAUGGUCUUUAUAACCAGACCAGCCAAAACCGCCUAACAGAACGUCUUGCACGGGCGUUCUGCCUGGCGCUGUGCCAGUCUCUCUGUCUGCUAAAGGAGGAUGGCAUGACCAAACUGGCACUGAGAGUGACUCUGGAUGGGCAGAAGAUUGAGUUUUUGGCAGGCAGUAAUGGCCAGCGCCUGCCAGCACCAUACCAGGACUGUCUUAACCAAUCACUACGACGUGUGGUGCAGAGUAACUCUCAGUACCAAGGUCUCGCCGCCUGCCAGCUUGAGCUUAUCUUCUAUAUUCUUGAGGAUACAUCAUAAAUACAGGCCACACAGACCAUCCACUGUCAUAUUUGCCAAAACUCCCAGAAAUCUCAUCAGCAUAACCUGACUUAAUUUUAAUUUGAGAGCUUUAAGAAUAGUAGACAACCCAAUAAUUAUUUGAGGAACGUUUAGUCAAUCCUACUGUUCACUGUGAAAGGGUUUGGGAAAACAUCCCUCAGUCAAACCCGUAGUUUAUUUGAUAGUCUGGACGAAGAAGGUCUAUAAUACCAGGAGUAAGCAAUCUGUCUGCAUUGGCAUUCAUCUCAAUGGCAAUUGCUCAGCUGGAGCUGGACCCCCAGAAGUAUGUAAUGUGAAAUCUGCCAUCUUUGCUCACAGUCAGUUAUGCAUCCAGGUUAGUGUUUUUUUUUUUUUUUUUUAUUUUCUUGCCCCGAUCCAAGGAUUUAAAACUUUUUAAGGCCAAAUAUCUGCUGAGCAUUACAACAAAGAUCCAAAGUGCAACAGACAACAUGAUGCUUGAGUGAAUGACUUUAAUAAGCAUGAUCUGAUCUUGGAGUUUUUUGCGCAUUCCUCAGUCUUCCACAUGUAGAACUCAUUGUAGCAAUUGCGGUUCUCUGUUUUACUUCCCAAUAAAGGCGUGCAGAUGACUUCCUCACUGUAUAAAUCCCAUGUUCCGCCCUUUUGCUGUGAGGAGUGGCCUGACCUCUGCUCUACAUUUAAGCACACCUGCUGGGAAACAGAGCUAGGAAUUCAGCCAAAGGCAAUGCUUGGAUAAACAGGAGUGGAAAUUGUACACACAAACUCUCAUGCACUGAGCUUGAAUUUAUUUAUUUCGUACAGCACCUCAUUGAACUUUGUUCUGGCCUUAUUUUCUCUGUCACACACAAAGUGUAGGAUGACUGCUGGUUUUCCUCUGUAGCUUUUUUCAGGAAUAGAAUGGACUUUUUGUUUACAUCCUACAUGCUGAACAUACUUGAGAUGACAAAGAAUGCAGAUUAUGCAGGAGAAAUGCAGCACACACACACUGAAAAUGCAAAAUAGACUGCAUAUUUUGGAAGCUCCCUGGCUGCCCACCAAAGACUGAACAGACCCAAAACAUGACAAAGAGAGUGAACACCCAACAUUACUGCUGCAUUCUUGUAGAUUAUGUAAAAAUUUUAUAAAAAUUGAUUUUAAUAUGUCAUCCAUUUGGAUUGGAGAUACCAAAUAACAUUUCAGCUGGAACUGUAGGUAAAAUUCCAUGAACUUGAGGCCUAUUCACACUAAAUGCGAAUAAAAUGUAAUUCACACCAAGACCAAAACAAAUAUUCAUCAAGCUUAAUGAACUCAUUUGUACAAUAGAUGAUGUGCAGCCUUUUAAGCUUGGGGCUGUCAAUGACUAAUACUGAUGUUCUGUUACGACUUCAGUCCACUUGACAUUGCGUUUACUAACGCAUAUGGGGAGUGCCUUAACUCUUUCCCCGCCAGCGUUUUAAAAAAAAGUUGCCAGCCACCGCCAGGGUUUUUGACCAUUUUCGCUAAACUUUAAUGGCCCGCAGAAUAUUUUCUUCCAUGAAUAUAUGAAGAUGCUAUAUAUCAAAAUAAAGAUCUGGGCCUCUGCUUUUAGGCAAAAAAAAAAACGAUUUUAUUUUAUCUUCAUUUGUUCUUUUUUUAUUGCGACUUGAACAGAGGUAGGUUUUGUCAAUAAACAACAUUUCAGACAAAAAGCUGAGAAAAAGGCAUGUUUAUGUUUGAUAUUUUGAGCUUCUCAUACUCCACGUCUUCAUGUUUGAGAUGAUCGCAGUCUGUUUCUUUGAUCAAAGAGUUGCGUACUCUUUCAAAACAUGCGUAGGGGUCUUCCUUACCGUAUAACACCUAAAACACGGAAACCCGGAAAAUUCUGUGUUUGGCGGGGAAAGAGUUAAUACACGACCUAUUUGAAACCUCUCUAAAAUAAUGCCAAUAUUCAAAUAUUGGCUAUGGUGUUUGAGCCCCACCUGUUUUGGCGUGAAACUGACUGCUCGUUUCGGCGUGAACUGACCACUAUAAAACAGGUGCACACACACCAUUUCCUCAGAAUUUCUUCAAGACAGCGAUUACCUCUUGUCUCGAAGCCCUCCAUCUUCGCCGUCGAUUCACACCAGUCAGCGGACGGAAUCUUCACAGCAGAGAAGAAUCUCCGCUCCCCUGCAGUGCUCUGGUGAACAUCACUCCACCUCGCCACUUGACGCUUCGCUGGUGAACGGUAUACCUCAGCAUCCUGAUUCUCCGCAGCGCGUCGGCAGGUGUAGAGUAUCCUUUUUAAGCAAAUACUUGUUGUGUGUUAUAAAUAGAAGUUAUAUAAGUUAUAUAAAUAUAAAUUUAUAUUUAUAUGUAUAUAUCUAGAAGAGCCACUUACAUGUUAGUGUCUUUUUCAAGAUGUCGUUCCGUAAGUGUUCCUUGUGCGAGAGACACAUCCCGCCAUCAGACAAGCAUGAGCGCUGCAUUUUCUGUCUGGGCCGUGCCCACGCAGAGUCAGCUCUCAUGGAGACAGACUGUCCUCACUGUGAGCACAUGAGUUUCAAGUCGCUUCUCUCACAAAUCGCCCUCAUUUUGAGGGACGAUUCAGCCUCUCGCGCCCUCCCACCCGCCUCUUCCGUGACUCCCGAGGGUUCACAAGAGGAGGCACGGCGGGGCCGCGAGGUCGAGUGGGAUCGAACUUAAGGUGGAUUUCGUGCCGGCACACACCCCACGAGCCCCUCAAUCUCCACGAAGCGCAUAUUUCCCCAUACGCUAUGUGCGCGACAAGCUCCGGCCCUCUGAAGGAGCGUGCGGCCUCGUCUCGGUGGAUCUGACGCUGGGGAUGAUAAGGAUGAUAAUGACGAUGUCAUGUCUCUCGCCACAUCAGCCAACUGGUCAAUGUUUGAUGCUACCGCCCCUCCCCCCAGCGAGGGAGAGGACCGUGUACGCACCACUGACAGGGAAAUGCUUCGCGUCCUUGCAAGGGCAGUCGAAGAACUCAAUCUCGAGUGGUCUCACCCAGAGGUACCUGGACAGUCUCGCCUUGAUGAGUGGUUCUUGCAGUCCAGAUACCGUCAAGCGGCCACGCCCCGCAGAACUGCCCCGUUCUUCCCCGAGGUGCACAGCGAACUAAGUCCUGGCACGCACCCCUCUCAGCACGCACAGUGACUACGUUCUCUCGAACGUGGACCACGGGGAAAAGAACGGCUAUGCUCAACUAUCCCAUGUGGAGGCGGCGGUAGCAGCACAUCUCUGCCCAACGAGUAGCAGGGCAUGGAAAUCACACUCCAUUCAUCCUUCUAAGCCAUGUAGGCAGAAGUCUACACUGGAAGGAAAGCCUACUCAGCGGCAGGACAAGCUGGAUCAGCACUACAUGCAAUGGUAGUGCUCCAGGUGUUCAAAGCAAAGCUCCUCAGACAAAUGGACCAUCGGGAAGUCCAUGGGUAACCGGGUCGUUCUGGAAAGGCAUUUAUGGCUGACACUCACGGAAAUGAGUGAUAGAGAGAAGAAAUCUCUAUUGGCUGCCCCAGUGUCUCCAGCUGGCCUCUUAGGCGGCGCAGUGAGUACGUUUGCUGAGCGCUACGUCACGACUCAGCAGCAGUCACAAGCCAUAAGGCACUUUAUGCCCAAACGGAAAAUACCUCAGACGACUCGCCCCCGCUCUCUCAAGCCAGCGCCCGGCUAAAAGAACUGUGCCCGCUAACUCAGCGCCUGCACCGGCCCCCGCCAAGCCACCAGUGAGGCCACGCAAGCCUUGGCCCAAACGAAAGCAUCUGCUUCAGCGCCCACCUCGCACCGACGGGAGGAACUCCCCGCGCAGCGGAAGCGCUCCUGACAGGUGCAGCGCUUUGAAGCGGAAAAUGGAGCCUGUUGUUCCCUCCGGUGCUCCAAAGGCGGCUCGAUUGGAGACACAGAACACUGUUUCCCACCUCCCCACUGCUGUUUGUCGGGAGAGGAAUAUUGCUGUUCACAAUGUUUUAAAAGAUGUUGUUUCUGUGUCAUAUGCAAUAAAAAAUGCAAUAAAUACAGCACACACAUUAUGCACAACCGCUUCCCUGUGGUAAGCGACGCAUUAUAUCAUACGGUGAGCAAACCAAAGUGCCCUCUGUCCCAUUACGCAGACACUGGCAUUUCAGAAUGGGUGCAAAAAACGAUCGAACAUGGAUAUACGAUACAAUUUGCUCGACUGCCACCCCGUUUCAAUGGCGUUCUGUCUUCCACGGUUUCGUCCGAAGAUGCGCCAGUGUUACGAGCCAAAAUACACAAUCUAAUCGUGAAAAACGAGAUAGAGAUUGUGCCAAAUUGUCAAGCCCAAAAAGGGUUUUACAGCCAUUAUUUUCUUGUCCCAAAGAGAUGGCGGACUUCAGCCAAUCCUAGAUCUGAGACAUUUAAAUUGCGCACUUAUAAAGCGCCCAUUCAAAAUUAUUACUCCGAAACGAAAUCUAUCUCAUGUACGCCCACACGAUUGGUUUGCGUUGAUAGAUCUGAAGGAUGCGUACUUCCAUAUCCAAAUUGUACAGCACCACAGGAUGUUUUUGAGAUUCGCGUUCGAGGGAACAGCGUAUCAAUUCAAAGUCCUGCCCUUCAGACGGUCUCUGGCUCCUCGCACAUUCACGAAGUGCAUAGAUGCAGUUCUUGCCCCUCUGAGACUGAGCGGUGUACGCAUAUUGAAGUCAGUUUCGUGCCAAAAAAGGGUGGGGCUCAAACACCAUAGCCAAUAUUAGAAUAUAGGUGUUAUUGUAGAGAGGUUUCAAAUAGGUCGUGUAUGAAGGCACUCCCAUAUGCGUUGGUAAACGCAUUGUCUCGUUCCCUUCGUCUCAGGGAACCGAGGUUACAUACGUAACCGAGACGUUCCUUUGCCGGUUAGCCAAACAGUUUUAGUGCCACCAAUGCACUGGAUGUUCGGGAAACGUGAUGACAGGCUAAUAUUUUAGCGAACAAAUAUUCAUACCUUAUGUGAAUAUGUCUGUAAAAAUACAUGGUUUCUAUUUAAAGUCUUGUUCGCAAUAAACAUUUUCAAACAAAUAAUCAGUUUUGGUGUGAAUUGGCCUUUAUGCCAUUUAAGAAAAUAGAAUUGCCAUAAAUAUUCAUGCAGGUCAUUAAAAGCAUUACUACACUACACAAAAUAAACAGAUAACGGUGCAUUUUAAAAUGGAAUUUAUUGAAAUUAAUUCAACAUUUUUGAGAGCAACAAUAUAUAUAUUUUUCCACAUCAAUUCCAUUUGUUUAUAAGGUAAAAAUAUUUACAGAUGUGAUUCAAGUUUACUUAUGUUGACUGUACAGUGUGUGCUAAUGGGGGAGUAUGAAAGGCACAGGUGUGCGUCUAUGAAUUCAUUCUGCUUGGAUGAACUAUGACGUCAUGAACAACAUCAUUUGAGGAUGCCACCAGUCACUACACUUCCUCUUCUCUUCAUACAUUGUGCUUAAUAAUUAUUUCCUUUUAGAUUAACUUAUGGAAAGAACAAUAUACAAACAGGUAUCAAACUCACUCAUAUUCUCGUGUACUAAUUAAAUGUACAUAUAAAAAAAAAAAAAA